AUGGCUUACCUCGUGAAGAAACCUUCAGACAAUUCCGCGCAGCAAACUCCACUCUGGGAAAAAGAGCGGGCACGGGGCUCGAGGCUGGUGCAGCGGCAGAUCGCGCUGCGCCGAGAGGAGCUCCGUCUGGCCUUGGUGGCGGAAUGGAGGCAAAGGCUUCUGCGCCCUACCGCCGGCCUCGCAACCGUCGAGGCGAUCCGGCCAGUACUCGACGACUGGCUCGGGAGAAGGCACGGAUCCCUGUCGUUUAGGGUGACACAGGUGCUAUCGGGGCACGGUUGCUUCGGCAAGUACCUGUGCCGCAUAGACAGGGAGCCGGACGCUCGGUGCCACCACUGCGUCCACUGCGGGGAGGACACGGCGCAACACACGCUCGCCGAGUGUGUAGCCUGGGAGGAGCAGCGCCGUGUCCUCAUAAAUGAAGUAGGAAGCGAUCUGUCGCUGCCGGCCGUAGUGCGGAGGAUGGUCGGCAGCGCAGAGUCGUGGGACGCGGUGGUGUCCUUCUGCGAGGACGUGAUGUCGCAGAAGGAAACUGCAGAACGGGAGAGGGAGAUCUCGACUCCCUUCCCCGGCCGCAGAAGGCGCACCGGGCGUAGGACAAGGGCGGACAACGCCCUUUUCCGCCCCCCAUGA